AAACCAACACUGAGGAAAAAAUAUCGGUAGUACUAGAAAUAACAAAACUAUCGAUACUAUCCAUAGCCAUUUCGAUAUUUUCACAACUAUAAUCUCUAGAUGCAUUUGAAAUCAGCUGAUCGUGACAUCAUAUGGCGUAUUUUGCAAUUCGUGCUCAAAGCAAUUUAAAUACGUUUAAUUAGCGAAAAAAUACUUUUAAAUAUACAUAAUAGCAAAGUUGCAAUGCAGUGUGCAGUUUGGAAUUGCGUAAAUGAACGUAAGAACAAAGAGGCUAAAAAAAGUUUUUUCGUUUUUCCAAAGGACGAGAAACUGCGUGAAAAGUGGCUGGAGUUUUGCGGGCGUCCCGCAGGAUUUAAACUGAAGACAUGGAGGAUAUGCAUGGAUCAUUUCAAAAAGGAAGAUAUCGUUGGAGGAUUGGCUUUUGAAAUGGGACUGCGUGAGAAAAGAUCUUUGGUGCAUGGCGCUGUUCCCUGUAUAUACCACAAUAUAUCUCCCACCGCUGAGGAAGAAUUAAAAAAGUUGCAGAAAAAAGAAAGGAAAAGAGAAGCUGAAUCUACAAGUAAAAAAACCACUGUCCUAACAAGAUCGGAAGAGAGUUCUACUAUGACAAAUUGGUCUAGGCCGGGUCUAACCAUAAGAAAAGUAACAUCAAACGCAUCAAUUCCUGUCUGGACAAUCGCGAACGUUACGCCAAAUAAUGCGUCGCCAAAAACGUCUGUGCCUAUCAAAAUUGAUGUGGCCUCUGGAUCUGAUGAGGUGCAUGAGGAAUCUGUGCACUUAGCGGAAAUUCAAUCAUUGCGAAUUCAAAUUGAAAAAUUAAAGCGAGAGAACUUUGAAUUGCUGCAGUUGAUACGACGCCAGGAAUUAAGACAUCAAGAUGAAAAAUCCGUAUUGAAGCAAAAAAUAGCAAAAGUUGAGUUGGAAAAGAAAAAUGUAAAGGAACCGUUGUUAGGGUCAUUACCCGCAAAGCAUAUUAAUAUAGAAGUUAUUGACGAACAUGCAAUGAAAAGCGUAAUACAGCAAAAUGGAGCAGCACAAAAUAUGGGCAACAGUAGCCUAGGAAUAGUCCAUAAGAAGGAAGUAAAAAUGGAAAUAGUUGACGAGAAUUCAGAAGAAGAUAUUGAUAAUAUGCAAAAAAUAUUAACAGAAGACACAAUAGAAAAGCAGUUGCUAGGCAUACUUUCCGAAGAGCAAAUAAAAAUAGAGUUCAUUGAAAAAAAGGUAGAAGCAGAUUUGGAAAAAGACUUAAUGCAGCAAGAACUAGCAAGGCAAAAUAUAAUGAAGAAUUUGAAAGGAAUGCUUUACGACGAUCAAAGAAAAAAUAUUUUUCAAGAAUAUAUAGAGGAAACGCCACUAGAGAUUAAAACAGAACAUGAAUGAGUAAAUUAAUAAUGAAUGAAAUUUUUUAAAUAAACGCAUACUAUGUAUGCAAUUAACAGUUAACAGUAUAUACAUUUUCAAAUAUACGUAGUUGAUAUAAACAUCAAAAAGGUUUGGUAAACUAAAACAUGACACUAAUGUUUAAUUGUAUCCGAAUGAGCGUUUGAUUUGUUGUUGCAAGCGGUACUAUAAAUACACAUGCAAAAACAAUAACACGCUCGUCCAGUUACACUUACCACAGAUACAACGAUACUAUUCCUUUUCUAUGUAAAAAAAGUUAUGAAAAUUUCUUUUAUCCUUAUACAUUUUAUUUCAAUUGAAAGCCAAAAUAUGUUAAGGUAGAUAAACCUAGAACCUCAAAAAAAAAACGGGGUAUUCCAUUGAAACUCAAAAAAACUUCGAAAAUCUCAAAAACUUUCCUGUUCUCUAUGAUAAAUGGAUUCUCCUCAUUGAGAGACAAAUUAAAAUAUAUUUUGUAAAUAAAUUGAGGAUUCAUAGGCGUGUUAGUCUCAUAAUUUGUCAAGUCAAAAAUUUUUUUAUUUGUAAAUAAAUUAUUAAAAUGAUUUAGAGGUUUCGCUGAUAUGUUAAGAGCCAAUUACAUAUUUUCAAUCAGUUCAAAAAUAUGUUCGGUAUAGUUAGCAAUCCUUUACAACCACUUCAAUCCAUAUU